CAGAGGACCAGCUCUGUCUCUCUGUGCACUUGUCUCUUCAGUCAAGGAGAAACUAAUUGGAGGGAAGAAUAGAAGAAAGAAGCUGUUGGAAAACUAAACGCACCAAAACUUUACUUCUCUACAGCAUGCCACAGAAAGAUUACAGAAGUCAAACAAGCUGGGAGGGUGGUGUGGCCUCCAUGAUGCAAAACAAGGUCCAUGCCAUCUGCAGUGAAGGUCACAGUGGCGUAAACCAGCUGGGUGGUGUGUUUGUGAAUGGGAGGCCUUUACCUGAUUCUACCAGGCAGAAGAUAGUGGAGCUGGCACACAGUGGAGCUCGACCCUGUGACAUAUCCAGAAUUCUGCAGGUGUCUAACGGCUGUGUGAGUAAGAUCUUGGGCCGGUAUUACGAGACCGGUUCAAUCCGUCCCCGAGCGAUAGGAGGAAGUAAACCCAGAGUGGCCACUCAAGAGGUGGUUGGAAAGAUCGCACAGUACAAGAGAGAGUGUCCGUCCAUUUUUGCUUGGGAGAUCAGAGACCGACUGCUGGCAGAAGGGGUCUGCACCAACGACAAUAUACCCAGUGUCUCAUCAAUAAAUCGAGUGCUCAGGAACCUGACCAGUGACAAGCAGCAAAUGGGCACAGUAGUGGCUGAGGGGAUGUUUGAUAAACUCAAGAUGCUGAAUGGACAAACCAACUGGGGGGGCCGCUCAGGGUGGUACGCUGGUACUACACUCACUUCUACUGAGUGUCCACAGGCAGAAGGAGGGGAGAGCACCAUAUCAGUCAGUUCCAAUGGUGAAGACUCUGAGGAGACUCAGAUGAGGCUUCAACUGAAGCGAAAACUACAGAGAAACAGAACGUCUUUUACACAGGACCAGAUAGAAGCACUGGAGAAAGAAUUUGAAAGGACACACUAUCCAGAUGUGUUUGCUCGAGAGCGCCUUGCCAACAAAAUAGACCUUCCUGAGGCAAGAAUACAGGUCUGGUUUUCCAACAGACGAGCAAAGUGGAGAAGAGAAGAGAAGCUGAGAAACCAACGACGUCAGGUGUCCAACUCCUCCAGCCACAUCCCCAUCAGCAGCAGCUUCAACACCAGUGUUUACCAGCCUCUACCACAGCCUACUACACCAGUGUCCUUCUCAUCAGGAUCAGUGUUGGGAAGGCCAGAUCCACUUCUGUCCAACAGCUACAGCAUACCAGCUAUGCCUAGCUUCAGUAUGGCUGCCAGCCUGCCGAUGCAAGCAUCCAGCCAGACCUCUUAUUCCUGCAUGCUGCCCACCAGUCCCAGUGUAAAUGGAAGAAGUUAUGAGACAUAUACCCCUCCACACAUGCAGCCACACAUCAACAGCCAUUCAAUGACAUCCUCUGCAACGUCGUCAACAGGUCUGAUUUCCCCUGGUGUCUCAGUUCCAGUCCAAGUUCCAGGAAGUGAAGCAGACAUGUCACAUUACUGGCCACGCCUGCAGUGAUGUCCUUUCUGACAACGUCGCUGCAGUAAUCAUGAGCUGUCACUGCAGCAACAGGACUGUAUUGGUCAUCAAAGGAGGCUGCUUUAUCCAUAAUUUACAGCUUCAAUGUCAAAAAGGACCUGUCACUGACUGUAAACUGCAGCAAAUGAAUAAGAAGAAAGGACUCUCAGUAAUGCUUGCAAGACAAUAUUCAAACCAAAUUCUGGAGACAAGGACAGAAGGAGUACUUCUUUCACUUAAAAAUGUUUAAUACAACUGUUAACUUUUACAAGUUGAGCUACAACUGGUCAACGGUCUUUGGGAGAAGCGUCUCCACAGUAUCUCCAUCUGCUGCCAUUAAGAGUCUGGUUGGUGACGACACUGGCACUGGAUGAUAAUGAAAAGCUCCAGCCUGAGCUUUACUCAGGAAGCUCAGGAAGGUGGACCGUCCUUUACUUUAAGAAUAAACUCCACACAGGAAUGAACUGGUCUGUGUCCAUUUGGACAUUCUCUGGGACUAUAUUACCUCUACUUUGAGUUCCUAAUUUAUACCAUGUUGGUGAAUUUGUAGCAAACACAAAGAUGAUGAAAGAAAUGUAAAAGGGAAGAAAUUCAUGAAACUUGAAACAAUUGUCUGCUAUGAACUUGUUUCAUCAGCAGAUCCCAAAAGCCCUGGCCUGGGAUGUGUACAGAAUUUCAUAAUGUUGAAUCUGGUUGUAUGUGUUUGGUAUUGUAAAAAUCCUGACUGACGGGAUCUGCUAACUGGCAUGGUUUUCUGAACUGAAAAAUAGUUUUGGGUGGGUUUGGGGGAUUUUGGGGGUGUCUCAAUUUCUUUUAAUUACAAAGCUCCAAUGUCCUGAGAUUCAACAGUGAACUAACUGUUGAAUAACUGGAAAGAGAACACACACUUUGCUGGUUUAUAAAAGCAGUGAACAUUAGAUCGUGUCUGAGAUGUAAAUCUGUCUCUAAAAAGUCAAAGUGUAAAGUAUUUGUCUUCUCCAGUGGUCUGGAAGGGUUUCCAUAAUAAAAUUAUUUCAAUUAUAUUCCUUGUUACUUCC